AUGACACAAUACCCUAAAAGAAUCCCUUCCAUCCCUUACGCGGAGUCCAAGAACCCGCUUCAAACACUCGACAUAUGGCUUCCCCGCCCUCUCGAGCAAUCUGACCCCAAGUCAACAACAUGGAUCGUCUAUAUCCACGGCGGCGCCUGGCGCGACCCAACCCAGGACUCGCGCUGCUUUGAACCCACCCUCUCCCACCUCGUCGCCUCGCACACAUCCACGAUUCAAAACAUUGCUGGCGUAGCAUCACUCAACUACCGCCUUUCGCCCUAUCCUUCACACCCCACAUCGCCCAGCUCACCCUCGGACGCAGUGCGCAACGCGACGCAUCCAGAGCAUGUGCGCGACGUGGCCUCUGCCCUUGCGUUUCUGAGGAAAGAGUACGCGGUGAAGAGGUGGGUGGGCGCAGGUCACAGCUGCGGGGCCACGCUGCUGCUGCAGCUCGUGUCUGGCAUCGGCUUGCGGGACGAGGACAAGGCAGGCGUGGGUGCUGGACCCGAGGGGCUGGUGCUGCUGUGCGGCAUCUACAACGUCCCGCUGCUGCUGCGCAAUCACGAUCCACCAGCCUGUCCAGACGACAUCUCUCGAAUCUACUAUGAGUUCGUUGCAGGCGCGUUUGGUGAGGAUAGGGAGGCGUAUCGCCGUGUCUCGCCCAUCGCUGGAAACUAUGGCACUCGGCAGUGGAAGAAUGGAAAGCUGAUGGUGCUGGCGCAUAGCUAUCAGGAUGAGCUGAUUGAGCGGCAGCAGCGAGAUGUCAUGUGUGUUGCCCUUGACCGCGAGGGGUGGAGUAUCGUCAUGGAAGAGGGCGACGGAGAGGCGGAGGUCGGCGAGAACAGUCGUGUGCUGGAGGUCAGGGACUUGAAAGGUGGGCAUGAUUGGAUUUGGGAGGAUGGAGCACAGGUUGCGAAGCUCCUUGCUGACGUCGUUGCAAGGCUGACAAAGUAG